AGAUGUGUGCUUUUAUUUCGAUACGUAGGUAUUUUGGCCGGAUGUCCAUUCAUCGUCUGGUGUACGGUCGGCAGAUAAGUGAACACUGAGCAGCAGCCAUGGCAGCCCCUACUAGGAAGCAGAUCUUAAAGUUUCUCAGCCAGUUUGGAGCGUUUAUUUUGACCCGGUUUGGGUUUUGGAACUGCUUCAGUAUGUUGAUGCUGUUUGCUGAGCGAGCAGACUCAAAAAGGAAGCCCGACAUCCAUGUACCGUACCUGUACGUGGACAUGGGGGCGGCGGUGCUCUGUGCCAGCUUCAUGUCAUUUGGGGUGAAGAGGAGGUGGUUUGCAAUGGCUGCUGCCGUACAACUGGCCAUCAGCACUUACGCGUCGUACGUUGGGGAACAGGUGUACUACGGGGACUGGCUUAAAGUACGAAUGUAUUCCAGAGCGCUGGCUGUUGUUGGAGGCUUUCUGGUUCUGGCCAGCGGGGCGGGGGAGGCGUAUAGACAGAAACCUCGCAGCAGAUCCCUGCAGUCUACUGGACAGGUUUUCCUGGGAGUCUAUCUUAUCUGCGUGGUAUACUCCCUCCAACACAGCAAAGAGGACAGGCUGGCCUACCUGAACCACAUCGUUGGGGGAGAGAUCACUCUGAUGCUGCUGGAGGUGCUGUUCGGGGUGCUGGCCCUGGCCUUCCUCUCUGGCUGCUACAUCCGCCUGGCCGCUCAGAUCCUGGCCACCGUCCUUCCCCUGGUGAUCCUGCUCAUCGACGGCAACCUGGGCUACUGGCACCACGCUCGCAAGGUGGAGUUCUGGAAUCAGAUGAAGCUGAUAGGACACAACGUGGGCAUCUUUGGCGCUGUGCUGAUCCUAGCUACUGACGGCUGAACCCCUUCGGGCUCUCACAGACAACCUUCAUGAACCGAGAUGUCCGCGCAGGAUGGGAUUGUUGGCCUUCACUGUUCGUCACUGCCCGACCUUGUACUCAAAGCUGCUGUGGCUCAGUGACCUCUCGGAAUUCAAACUCUCCAGGCUGAGAUGGUUGGAUGUAAGCUACGUCGAUUGUCUUUGCCUCGCAGGUGGUAACUUUGCUUUUGCAAGAGAAAGAAAAACCCGAGCUUCCUUUCUUUUUUGCAGUUUAAUAAUUUAUUCGGAUUCAUGUUUACUUUUUAUCUCUGUUAUGCUCUGAAAUGUGACAUUUAUAGCUACAGGGAAAACACCUUUUACUCCAAAAAUGAUAGUCUUAAACCGUUUGAUAAUGUUUUACAGUAUAUGAUUUAAAUAUUUUACAAAUAAAGGGAAACUGUAAUUAACUUCUGUGGUAUUGCUUAUGAAAUGGGAUGGCUACAGUUCCGACCAUUUGGUAAUAAACACUAUACACUUUU